AUGAAUGCAAAUAACAUUGAUUGUCAUGUUCGUUACAUCAUAUUCAUAUCUUUAACCGCUGGAGCACUUCUGGAGUGGGCAGAUAUAAAUUGUGGAAUCCCACGUGAGCUGGAAACGACUAAAUUACCCCCGCAUCAUCCUCAGGAAUCGGCCAGGGAGCUGAACCAGGAAUUACUACACGGGUCAGAUUUCGAGAAACACAAAUAUCAGAUAUUGAAGUUGUCCUGGCAUUCGCAUAAGCUGUCUAUGAACUGUCGGUUACGUUUGCCAGGGAAAAAGUCGGAUCUCAUAGAUUGUCUUGAACAACAUGUACAGUCUACACAUGAUGUAAGGUCAGAGACGGGCGUGAGCAUCAUGGAUGGUGCUGUACUCGUGAACAUUCUUAGACAUGGAGGAUGCAAGACGUUUGGCGACUACACUGCAAAGGUGUUUGUUCCGCAUAUCAAAAGGGAGCAAAAUCAGGCUCGACGAGCUGUGACACUGUAUCCCAGUUUUCCCAAGUGGGGAAAGAAGACUGCAUGGAAAGUGUGGGGAACACAUGAUGAAUUCACUAAAGCCUUCUAUGUGCUGCACAAUUCACCAGAGCAAAUAUCUGAAGAGAAAGAAGCUUCCCUAGACUGUAUAACGAGUUUGUGUUUGUUUGUUUGUUUAUUUUCAGGUAGCGUGAUCCUGGAACCCAACUUCGACGUGCCUGUGGUGAACGUGACCGUCAAGGAGAGCGCCACCGCCAUCCUGCCGUGCUCGGUCAAAUACCUGGGACAACAUCAGGUUGUGUGGACUGACCAGUGGUCAACACUGCUGACCUUCGAAGACCGAAGGAUAAUCGACGAUGAACGGAUGAGUAUUGAGCGUCCGUACACCAAAGACUGGAACCUGCACAUACGUAGCGUCAAACACAGCGACCAAGGCGUCUACCACUGUCAGAUCAACACCAACCCCGUCAAGAUCAAAACUGUCAAUCUACACGUACAAGUUCCAGCGGCAGUGAUUGGUCAGCUGUCGUCACGAGACCUGACAGCGGUCGAGGGAGACACGGUGUCAUUGGUGUGCAACGUCACAGGAAUACCCGAGCCCACGGUCACGUGGUACAGACACAAAGCCACACUCGACUCCAUUGUCAAAGAAAGAAUCGGCGUCAGCGGCGAGGUGUUGAUGAUUCACAACGUCAGCAGAUACUGCGGCGACGUGUACGAGUGUGUCGCCUUCAACGGCGUCCCUCCCGCCGUCAACCGACUCAUGAAGAUCGUGGUGGAGUUUGCUCCAGAGGUUCGGCUACCAAACAAACGCAUCGGACAGGACACGGGCAAGGAGACGAUUCUGGAGUGUGUCAUAUCGGCGAACCCCGUCGACAAGCGGGUGUGGCUGCGUGACGGAGUGGAAAUCGCCAACAGCCACAAGUACCGGCUGGAGACGUACGACGAGGGCGACAACACCAUCACACUCAGUCUGAAGAUCAAACUGCUCGAGGACGACGACUUCGGCAAAUACACGUGUUUCGCCUCCAACGACCUGGGCAGCGACAAAGAGAGCAUGGUGUUAUAUGACUACUCCGCCUACCGGCGACCGGCGACUGUGGCGUCAGUGACGACGACGAGGAGGACCAAGCUGGAGUUCAAGCCGUUCUGGAGAACGACAUCGACGACCACGUCACCUUCCAGGGUGUACCCACUGUACCCAGCAGGGGAGAGCAUCGACAGAAAAUACUUCAAUUUAUUCCCCAGAAAAACCACGCCACCAUUUCCAAGAAAAAAAGAAAAUAAUCUUUCAGGUAUAUAA